UGAUUUGUUCAAACGUCAUGCUAGUGACUGCUUGUAAUUUGAGGUGUCGUCAGGUUUGCUUUCUGGGCGCUCGCAUGACUGCUCACACUCGGAAUCACUUCUACUCAUCCACUUGGUCUGCUUCCAAACGGUGGUUCCUGUUGCAUGCGUCCAGAGCUGGUCCAGUGUAUUGCAGCAUUCCGCUAAUGCUAAUCGCACUGGUUUCAGUCUCAUAAAGUCGAUUCUAAUCCAAACAGCUAUUCAAACACAGAGCUCAAGCCAUCUCUCUCAUAAAAAGAGAAGGUACAAAACGCUCCUCUGAUUCGAUUCUCAUCAAGUCCACGCUAGCUAGCAGAACCUUGUCAAAGCAAGAACAUCCCCAUAAAAUCUCGUUGAUUGCGUUCAUUGUCAAGACGCUAAGACGAUGAAGAAGUUUACGAAGAAGAGCUCGGACGUGAACCACGAUGGCUACUGCAUUGUGUCCUCCGUCAAGCCCAAGAGAGGCAAGAAGAACAUUUUGCAUCGCAUGGCCAUUGAUUUCCCCUCCAGCUCCGUCACGGCCAUCUUAGGGCCUUCUGGAGGAGGAAAGACCACUCUCCUCAGUGUCCUUACCGACUCCAUUCAUUCCAACAUCCAGGCAUGUGCCGAAUUGAACCUCCCUGGAGAAAGCGCAUUUGUUCCUCAGCAAGACUCUCUCCAUGGUUUCUAUACCGUUCGACAAUAUAUGCACCAUUACGCUCGUUUGUCGGGAUUGCCACGCAACAAGGCCACGGCGCAACGCAUUGAUACCCUCAUCAAACAGCUUGGUCUUCAGGGACAAGCGGAGAUUCGAGUGGGUGACAUUUUCAUCAAGGGCUUGUCGGGAGGACAGAAGCGUAGGCUAUCCAUUGCUCUAGAGGCAUUGACCAACCCCAACAACUUCUUUUUGGACGAACCCACUUCGGGACUGGAUGCCGAAAGUGCGCUGCAGGUGAUGGACUUUUUGAAGAAUUAUGCUCGAGCCGGGCCAGGACGCCGUGUUAUUCUGACAAUCCACCAACCUUCUAGUUUCAUCUGGACAAUGAUUGACCAUGUCGUUUUGCUCAGUCAAGGCAAGCUCAUGUAUCAGGGACCCCGUGAUGAAAUUGAAAACUUCUUCAGCGCGGCUGGGUUCCCCACGCAACAUGGAUGGAAUCCCUCGGAUCACUACGUGACGGCGGUCAAUGAUGAGUUCCGCGAUCAUGAAUUGUCCGUCGAUGAGUGGGCCGACUUGUUCCUCGACUGGUCCGAAGAGACACCCCAAAUGGGCCUGGCCAAGCAAGCUCGGCCUUCCAUUCUCGCAGCUUCCCAGGAAGGAUACAUCAAGACUCAUCGUGCUGGGUGUGGCCCCGGAGUCGUCAUUGAACUGACCUACCGAUACUUUUUGAAUCUGUGGUUCAACCCUGGUAUUUUGGGAACGCGCAUUGCCAUGUACAGCAUGUUGGCGCUCAUGGUGGGUGCCCUAUUUUGGGAGCUCGGCGAUCGCACGGAUUACGAGUCCAUCAACAGUCGCGCCGCUGUCCUCUUUUACUGCGUUGCCUUUUUCAUUUUCAUGUCGGUGGCUGUACUCCCCUUUACCGUCAUUGAACGUGCCAUUGUCGACAAGGAAGUCCAAAACAACUACUACCAUCCAAUCCUCUAUCAGGUCAGUCAGGGACUUUCCAGUAUCCCUGGUGCCGCUGUCUUGGCGGGCUUGACCACGGGGAUUGUCGUCUUUAUGACCAAGCUACAGAACCCCGAAUGGUACUUUUUGGACAUGUUUUUGAGCCUGCUGGUGGCAGAAGCCCUGGCGCAGCUCGUCAGUCAUGUGGUGCCGCAUUUUGUCAUUGGAAUGGCUGUAAUUGCUGGAAUGUAUGGAUUCUUUAUGCUCUUCCAAGGAUUCAUGUUGAUCCCCUCGGACUUUCCCGACUGGCUACGCUGGACGUACAAUGUGGCAUUUCACACGUACUCCUGGAGGACCUUUAUGGACAAUGAAUUUCGUGGGCGAACAUUCGACUCUGAAUUGUUCCCCACUGGUGAAGCUGUUCUGAAAGCUUUUGAAAUUGACGACGUGAACAAGACAUUUGACAUGAUUGUUCUGGUCGGCUAUGCCGGAGUCAUCCACCUCGUCAGCUUUUUCGUACUGGUUGUCAAAUACAAUUUUUUCAAGGGCAAGUUGGCGCCGUUGGACGAAACAGCCCGAUCCCCUCCACCCCGCCGUGCCAAAACCAACAAGAAGCCUAUGCGUAAUCCUUCGCCUAAAGCUUUUACUCCGGCCAUUCAUGAAUUGCUUGACGAUGUUGAAGUCGACGUCUAAGGAAAGAAGAUCAAGGAAUUAGCGAAAGGGAAGAGGCGUCUAUGAUGGAUGACUGUUUCGAACCCGGACUGACCUCAAGCCUCAACUAUACAUACAUGAAUACGCAUUGAUCUUGAUUGGAUCACCACAGAACGACAUCGUCGUCUACCGGUAUACCGUACUGGUCCUUCCGCACAUCAUCCUUCGAACAUCUUGAUACAGUAGAGUAAUAUAUAUCUAGGAACCCCAAAGCUGCAUUGU